AUGGCAACGAUGGAGUUAUACAGCAAGGGGGCCAGUGUGUGGAUUCCAGAUCCAGAUGCAGUAUGGGUUUCAGCCCAGAUCCUCCAGGACUACAGGCCUGGAGAAACACAUCUGCUGCUGCGGCUCUCUGAUGGCAGGGAGGCACAGUACCCAGUGGCGGCCCCUGCUGAUCUCCCCCCUCUGGGGAACCCUGACAUCCUGGAGGGGGAGAACGAUUUAACCGCUCUCAGCUUCCUCCAUGAGCCUGCCGUCUUGCACAACCUGCGGGUUCGAUUCCUGGACUACAGCAGUAUCUACACUUACUGUGGUAUUGUGCUAGUGGCCAUCAACCCAUAUGAUCAGCUGCCAAUAUAUGGAGAGGAGGUGAUAGAUGCUUACAGUGGCCAGGACAUGGCCGACAUGGAGCCUCACAUCUUCUCUGUGGCCGAGGAGGCCUACCGCACCAUGACCAGGGAGGAGAAAAACCAGUCCAUCAUCAUCAGUGGGGAGUCUGGCUCGGGUAAAACAGUCUCAGCCAAAUUCACCAUGCGCUACUUUGCCGUGGUGGGAGGAGCCGCUCAGCAGACCAGCAUAGAGGAGAGGGUUCUGGCUUCCAACCCGAUCAUGGAGGCUAUUGGGAAUGCAAAAACCACUCGAAAUGACAACAGCAGCCGUUUUGGGAAGUACAUCGAGAUUGGUUUUGGCAGAAAGGGGGACAUCAUUGGGGCAAACAUGAGGACAUAUCUGUUGGAGAAAUCGAGAGUCGUCUUCCAGGCAUCGUCCGAGAGGAACUACCAUAUCUUCUACCAGCUGUGUGCCUCCAGAGAGCUGCCUGAAAUGAGGGCCUUCAGACUGGAUGCACCUGAACAUUUCCGCUACACCAAACAGGGAGGGGAAAUGCAGAUACCCGGCACUGAUGAUUUGAUGGAUCUGGAGCGUACUCGCAAUGCUUUUACCAUUCUGGGUGUGCAACCUGACCAACAGAUGGAGCUCUUCAGGAUCCUGGCAGCUGUCCUGCACCUGGGGAAUGUCAACAUCCAAGCUAGUGGGAGAGCUGGUGAUCGCAGUUACAUUGAUGCAGAGGACCGCUCUCUGGCUGUCUUUGCCAAGCUGCUAGGCGUGGAAGGCUCCCAGAUGGCCCACUGGCUGUGUCAUCGCAGGCUGGCGGUAGGGGGAGAGCUGCUGGUCAAACCCAUGACCGGUCAACAGGCUGUGGACGCCAGGGACGCCCUGGCUAAACACAUCUAUGGCCAGCUAUUCACCUGGACUGUCCAGAGGCUCAACUCAGCCCUGCGCACCCAGGCAGCCGGGGCCAAAUCCUUCAUCGGGGUGCUGGAUAUCUACGGGUUUGAGACCUUCGACAGGAACAGCUUUGAGCAGUUCUGUAUAAAUUAUGCAAAUGAAAAACUGCAACAGCAGUUCAACAGGCACGUGUUCCAGUUGGAGCAGGAGGAGUACAUGCGGGAGGAGCUGGCCUGGAGCAGGAUCGAGUUCAGUGACAAUCAGCAGUGCAUCACUCUUAUAGAGGGACAGCUGGGCUUGCUUGAUCUGCUGGAUGAAGAAUGCAGGAUGCCCAAAGGCUCAGAUGAGAGUUGGGCACGGAAACUGUACGACCAGCACCAGAGUGGCAAGGCCCACCCUCACUUUCGCAAACCUCGCAUGUCCAACAGCGCCUUCAUCAUCCUGCACUUUGCUGAUACGGUACAAUAUGAAUGUGAUGGCUUUUUAGACAAGAAUCGAGACACCGUCUUCGAGGAGCCCAUUAACAUUCUGAGAGCAAGUCAGUCUGAGCUGGUGGCAGAGCUGUUCCAGCAGGAGCCCGCAGGAAGCAGUGUGUCCCUGUCGGGCAGUGUGUCCUCUCUGGCCAACGGGAGCAUUCGCGCGGGGAAGAGAGCCCACAGAGAGCAUAAACUGACUGUGGGCUUCCAGUUCCGUCAGUCCUUACAGCUGCUGAUGGACGCUCUCAACAGCACCACCCCGCACUAUGUUCGCUGCAUCAAACCCAAUGACUUCAAAGAGCCUUUUGUGUUUGACCCGAAAAGGGCAGUCCAGCAGCUGAGAGCCUGUGGGGUGCUGGAGACCAUUCGUAUCAGUGCUGCCGGUUAUCCAUCCAGAUGGACGUACGAGGAGUUCUUCAGCCGGUACCGCGUUCUUGUCCGAGGUCCUCAGAGCCGGGAGCAGGCCCAGGCCUCAUGCCGUCAGGCCCUGCCUCAGCUCAUCCCCGACCCAGAGCAGUACUGCUUUGGAAAGACCAAAGUGUUCUUCCGGGCCGGCCAGGUGGCUCUGCUGGAGAGGCUGAGGGCCGAGAGGCUGCGAGUGGCCGGAACGAUCAUCCAGAGCUGGGUGAGAGGAUGGCUGGCACGCGUCCGAUACACCAGGAUCUGCUGGGCAACUGUCACCUUACAGAGAUACUGCAGAGGAGCUCUGGCUAGACGGCUGGUCCUGACUCUACGCUACACCAAGGCGGCCUUAGUGAUCCAGAAGACGUACCGCAUGGUCGUGGUCAGGCAGCUGUUCCUCAUGAUCCGCCAGGCCACCGUCACCAUCCAGGCCUUCACCAGGGGGACGCUGGCUCGCCGCAGACACAGACUGAUGGUGGCUGAGCGGGCAGCCGUGUUACUGCAGGCAAGAGUGCGUGGCUGGUUGGCGAGGAGGGCGUACGGCCGUGUUAGGGAGGCAGUGGUGUUCAUGCAGUGCUGCGUGCGCCGCAGGGCCGCCAGGAGAGAGCUGCUGAAACUGAAGGCCGAGGCGCGCUCAGUGGAGAGAUACAGGGAGCUCAACAAGGGCAUGGAGGUCAAACUGAUGCAGCUGCAGCUGAGAGCCGACCAGGAGGCUAGGGAGGGAGCUGCUCUGAGAGAGGCCCUCCAUGCAGAGCGGGAGGCUGCCAGUGCUGAAAUUGAGGCCCUGAGGGGGGCGCUGCACAAAUUAGAGAGCCAGAGACAGGAGCCGCCCCGGCCCAGCCGUGCUGUCACCGAGAAGGAGGCAGAGGAGAGGAGGAGAGCCGAGGAGAAGGCUGCUCAGGAGAUCCUUCAGCUCACACAGGAAAUACAAACCCUGGGGAAAGAGAGAGACAGUUUGAGCAAAGAGAAAGAGGAUCUCUCUGCCUGCUUGCUGGAACAAGAGAAAGCACAGGAGGAGUGUGUGCGUCAGGCUGUGUCCGAGGCAGGUGCAGCUCUGAGGGCGGAGCUGGAUGAGGAGAGGAGAAAGUAUCAGGGUCUGCUGAGAGAGUUUACCAGACUGGAGCAGAGAUAUGACAACCUCAGGGAGAUGAGUCUGCUCACUGAGCGCGCCAAGUGCCACAGGCGGACCGACUCCACCCAGAGUCUGACCCUGGAGCCCCUCUCUCCCUCCUCCCCUUCACCGUCCCUCUCUAUCCCGCCAGUCUUCACCUCUCCCCUCACCUCAGCCGCCCCGUCCCCGGAGGAGGUCCGCAGGGUCAGUGUGACCUCUCCCAGCCUGGAGAGGAGCGUCUCCGUCUGGGGCUCCAAGACGCCCAUGGACACACUGAUGGAGACGAUGGAUGUGGCCAAAGACCCAGCAGUGAAGAUGAGAGGAGAGGACCUGGCACACGCCUACGACGCCGUACGAGUGGCGAACAAGCUUCUGGAGAGCCAGCUGCACAGCCAGCGCGGUCAGUGGGAGCAGGAGCUGCAGGCUCUGAGGAGCCAGCUCGGUCAGAUGAGCUCUGCUCCAUCCUCUGUUGCACAGCAGCAGGAGCUGCAGGAGCUACUAGAAGCUCGAGAGCAGGAGUGUGUGAGGCUGAGGAGGGAGCUGAAGGAGCUCAGAGGCACAGUCGUACUCAGGCGACUCCUGGGAAAAGCAGUCCUGCCUGCAGCUUUGACCCCUGAGGGAUCCGGGCCCUCCCAAGCUAAACCUGCGACAGUCACCGGCUUGCUGGAAUGUAGGAAAAAAGACGAAGCCAAGCUCAUCAAGAACCUCAUCACAGAUGUUCGUGUCGACGCGGCCCUGUCUCUGCGUCCCGGUCUGGCUGCCAGUGUGCUGUUCCUGUGCGUGCGCCAGGCCGACUGCAGCGGAGAGGCGGCUCGCGCUCGCUCGCUCUGCAGUGCGACUGUCACUGCCAUGAAGGGAGCUCUGAAGAAACAUAGUAAUGAUGUAGAUAUGACAGCUCUUUGGCUGAAAAAUGCCUGUGUGUUGCAUGACCUGUUGACCCAACGUGCCCCAAAGGAGGCUGGGACUCAUUCAGAGGAGCUGCCUCCACUGACCUGUGACCUGAGCGACAUGAGCCGCGCCCUCAGUGACCUUUGCAUCCAAGCCUAUCAGCAACUCCUCUCCAUCACGGAUACACAUCUGCAGAACAUGAUAGUCCCUGCCGUCCUGGAGAGUGAGACCAUCCCGGGUCUGUCUAGCUCUGCUGUUAAACUCGGAGGGUCUAGGAAGCGAGCCGGCUCAGACCCCAGGCCUGCGGGAGGGGAUUCUCCCACCAUGGCCUCAGUGCUGAGAGUGCUGGGCGCCCUCCAUACUGCCUUGUCCCGUCAGGAUCUCCCAGCAUCACUUACUGAGCAGGCCUUCCACCAGCUCACCUACUUCAUCUCUGCCUCCACACUCAACAGCCUGCUGCUGAGGAAGGACAUGUGCUGCUGGAGCCGCGGCAUGCAAAUACGUUAUAAUGUGAGCCUGCUGGAGGAGUGGCUGCGUGGCCAUGGGCUGCAGGCAGGGGGCGCUGUGGCCACGCUGGAGCCACUCAUCCAGGCGGCUCAGCUGCUGCAGGUGGGGAAAAAGACAGAGGCAGAUGCACAGGCCCUUGUUCAGGCCUGCACUGCCCUAUCUAGCCAGCAGAUUGUGAAGAUUUUGACCCUUUACACUCCUCAUAGUGACCUUGAGGAAAGAGUCACACUGAAUUUCAUCCGCUCUGUCCAGGGGCUUCUCAAGGGCAGCGCUGACCGUCAGCCUCCACAGCUGCUGAUGGAGGUGAGGCGAGUGUUUCCCGUCACGUUCCCCCGCCUGUCGCCUUCUGUCCUGCACGCCGACCAGUUAGACAUCCCAGACUCCCUCAAGAUCUCCUUUCUACGAAGAUCUUAAGUGCAGGCAGACGGAUUAUGCACCGCCUCUUCACUUGGGACUCUUUGGAGCAAACAUACAGUGGCUAGUUCAGAGUUUCCACAUAUUCAGUCUCUAAUCUACUGAGAAUUCAAUCCAUGGAAAUUUACUGGACAUCGAGGUGGUGCAGUGGACUUAUCUUCUCGUUUUUCAGAUUUUUUUUCCCCCAUUGUAGCAGCCGUUAGUUGAUUCAAAGAGGGUAAUUGUAGGAUAAAUUCACUCAUGAAUAAUUAGUGGAUCAUAUAAAUAGAUGUGAAACUUCAUUUGUUUUUGUUGUUGAGGAUUUACAUGUGGCUCCUCACUGAGUUUGUUACAGCAAUGCCGCUAAUUCAUUGAAAGAGAGAGAGAACAGAUUUAGAUCAAAUAAAAAACGGCCUAAUAUUCACCAAAAUCAAAAGUUUAACAACUUCUCAUUUUAGAGUGUUUGUGUGUGUGACAAAUAAGGAACAAAACAAGAGAAGCUUGUUUCAGAUUUUAUUGGAAGCAGAAACACAGUGAGACUGCAGUCCCAUUCACUUCAACCCCCAAUAAGAACAACCAGAAUAAAAAAAAAGCCCAAAACAGAACAAAAAAAUUAGAAACAUCUUGUGUAUAAAAAAAUUCUCUCAUGCGAGUACUUUGUACCACUACACAUCAUCAGUAAUACAUAUUUAUAUAUUCACAAAAUUCUGAAAAAUAGAAAACAAUAAUGAAAUAUCAAAAUAAAUCAAAAAAGACAACAAUUGGCAAUUAACAUCAAAUAAUUAUGCGUGCUGGCACAAGAAAGUUUUUUUUUUCCUUUUUUUUUCUUUUUUGUUGUUGUUCCUAUCAUGCACCGUUUCUGAAAGUACAGGACCGGCAUCGCUGUGCAUGUGUCUGUCUGUGUGGACGGGUCAGAGAGACAGAACAUGCAUGUCUGUCUGUUUGUGUCUGUGUGCUUUUUGUUGUGCUUCUGUAUCCCUGUCCUAUACUUUCGUGUGUAUUCCUGUUCUGCAUGCCAGCCUGUGUACCAUGACCGUUAAAAUAGCCAACACAGACACUGAACCUCUGAAGGAGUAAGACUUUCUGUGACUAAAACAUCAUUGUCAACAGCUAUAAAUAAAGAUCUUUUGUGGCAUUUCC